CUGACUCUUUGUGUGGGAAGGAAUCCGCAGGAAAGUGAUUUUGUGAUUAUUCGAGUUUGCCACCAAAACCAGGCUCUUCCCCCUGAGCCGGCAGCAGCAGCAGCGUCGUGUGUGCCGCCGCCGCCUUUCACAGGAGACACACGCGAAUGUGCUGCUCAGGGCUGGCGAACAGCGACACCCGGGCUUCUCCUGAUGAUGAGAGCCGACGUCAGACUGGUUUCCAUGAAUAUUGAUGUGGAGGAUAGUCUGUUUCAUAGAAGAACAGAAGGAGGCAAGAUGGCUGCCCUUUAGGAUUUGUUAAAGAGGAGAUCUACACGGUUUUUUGGAAUUUCUACAAAGUGGAGGGACGUAAAAAGCAGGACGGACAGAGGGCAGCCCGUUGUAUGGACUCUGAGCAGGCCAGAUGGAAACGGAACAGACCAGGAAUGAGACGGAAGAAAGUCUGAUAUUAGCACAAUUUGGCGCAUCUCACAACAUCUCUCGCAAACUCCAGAAUGGGGGCCAGUCUUCAGAGGAAGAGUCUCUGCAAAUUACUGGGGAUACGAACUGGAAUCAUUAUAAGCCCAACGCGGACGGGAACUCCAUGAAAAGGCACAGGGAGAACUAUAACAACCCCGGAUCAGGACAACGGCUAUUCGAUCAAGGAUCCUACAUGAUGAAUGGAGAAUUGAUGAAUGGGGAAUUGAAGCAUGCGUUCAGUGAACAAUCUUUAUUGGCCCAUCAGCCAAAGAAAAUUAAGUUAGAUUCGGAGAUCCCAGAAAAUGACAACUUGGACUCUACUUUAGUGGACGACUUUCCCGAGUUGACAAAAACAAAUGAAUUUGAAUGUGAAUCCCCACAGACAGAGAUUAAGUUAGAUAAGAGGAACUGCAGUUUUCCGAAUGGAGAUAUUUUUUGCCUACCACGAAAUAAACAAGUUCCAAAUGGUGCUGUAUCACCUCCUUCAACCAUAGAAAGCACUCCAGGUGAUCUUUUAGAGAAAACUUUGUCUCAGUAUUAUCCUGAGCAGGUGUCGAUUGCACCACAAACAUCUAUGUCACAGUUAGAUGCUGUCAAUGAUUCACUGACCAAUAAGGCGUCAAGUGAAGGUGCUCAACUCCCUCCUUUAACCUCAGGAUUGCCCAAUUCAGCACAGAUGCCUGACUCACAGCAACGGCAGCCUGCUGCAUCUGGGAACGCUGAAGAAAGCAACGAUUACAGUUCUGUCAACUAUGUAGUAAAUGGAUACUCCAAUAGUUUUGGGGCAGACCACCAGCAGCAACAGCAUCAGCAGCAGCCACCAUCCUACGCUGGUCAGGAGUUGGCUCUAGGGCAAUUAUCUGGUAUAAUUCAACCUAAAAACAAUGUCAACAGCUCACAACAUCCAAAUGGUGCUCAGUGUUAUCAAGAUGACACAAAUACGCAAGCUAUGUAUGCGAAAUCUCAUCCCGCGUUUGAUCACAGCUCCCUGCUGGAGCAUGGUAAUCCCACACAAACAACAGAAGCGGGUGGAUAUGGAUCUUUUCCCAACUCUGGGAUACAGAAAAUGGGACAAAGUGAGAAUGCAGGACCUGGACAGCAUCCACACCGUGGCAGUGACAGGGGACUGCAGUAUGGAAUUCAUGCCCAAAAUGGUCAAGAAAACCCUGGGAACCCACACAGAGCUGAUAGUACUAGACCCAUGGGGCCCAGCCUUCAACAGCCACAUCAUACUAGGUUGGAGAAUGGGACGGAGAAUAUGUCUCAACAGAGAGCUAACUUGUCGUGCUCUACCCCCAACCAGAGAGGCUGGAUCGAGCUGAAUUCUUCACAUUCUCAGCAGCAGAUAGCUAGUGGCCCAUCAUCUCAGGCACAAGAGCAGGACCUGUGGAGGGGUUUCCCUGCUACGCUCCAGCCAGAACAACAUACGGCAAACCUUCGCGUGAACAGCCAGAUGUCUGAUCCUAACCCAGUGCAAAGAUUCCAGACACAGGGAGCUUUCACAGGUAGCAGCCAAGGGUCUAACAGCUACCAGAAGAAACAGCAGGAUUGUCUAUCACCUGAAACGCACUGUGUUCCAACCCAGCACAACACUGCCCCUGAGUGGCAGCAAACAGAUUCUAAAGGAUCUCAAAUGCAACUCCCUCUAUCUCAAAAAAUGCCCGAACAGCAUAUUUUCCCCCAGAAUCAACAAGCAGACCGCCGCUACCACUCCCAGUUGCAGUCUGAGCACUUAAGUGAAGACAGUGACGUACAGAACAGACUGUUAACACAGAAACCACAGCAACAGCAGCACUGCAAUCUUCAGCGUCCGCUGUCCCACCCGCCGCAGUUUGAAACACAACAACUCAAAUCUCCCAAUUACAGACCACAUAGUCAACCUCAGCCAGGUCAGCACCAGCUUCCAUCUAGUCAGACACUUAGAAGCACUUCUGCUCAACCCAACAACCAAAACGUCCAGCACAAUGACCAUGCAACAUUCGGCUACAGUAACACAACAGAAGUCCAACAGCCACAUCAACAGCAGUAUCCACCAAAUACAAGCAGCAGUAACCUCAAGCAAUUUCAGCCACAGCAGCCCAACAGCCACUGCCAGCAGCCCAACGACGUGGACUUUCCUCAGACCUCUACACAGUCACAACCUCACGUACCACAGGGUGUGCUAAACCAACAGGUGACAACGCAGACAUAUCCCAAAGUUGAACCACAGUUGAAGUCAUCUUGUAACCAGUUCCAAAGGGGACCUCGGCUACCUCUGGGACCUGCCGGUCCCCAUGCAGACUUUCAGAGGCAUGCAGCACUGCGUAUGCACCUGCUACAAAGACAGGAACGUCAGGGCAUUACUUAUCCCCCUCCGAACUCCGGCGAUCACAAACACAUCCCCAGAGCAGUGAAAAUGGAAAACGGAGCCAGGUUUGAGAUGUCUGCCUCACAGCAGCCUGAGCUACAGUUACACAUGCGAGAGGCUAGCUUAGGUGAAAUAAAAGUCAAGCAAGAAAAUCAACAUUCCUUGUGUGAGCAAAGCAAGAGGCCUGGGAGCAUUCUGGCUUCGAUGGAACAAAGUCUGAGACAAUACCAACUUUCUCCUGUGUUUGAAAAGAAAUCCCUUGCCAUCAAUCCAACAAAUAAAGUGAAGGUGGAAUCUUCUGGGGCCGUCACAGUUCUAUCUACCAAUUUCAAUGUGGGGGGAGAGGAACCGUUUGGAGCUGCUUCAUCCACUGCAGCACUAAAGAAGACACCUGAAUCCACUCCGAAGAAAGAACAACUCUUACAGAGUUUUAUGGAUUCUCCAAUGAAGUUGCUGGAUACCCCCAUAAAAAAUCUUUUGGAUACCCCUAUGAAAACACAAUAUGACAUCGCAUCCUGCCACUGUGUUGAACAAAUCAGUGAAAAAGACGAAGGUCCAUACUACACUCAUUUGGGGUCGGCACCCAGUGUUGCUGGUAUUCGGGAGGCGAUGGAGAAAAGGUCUGGUCUAACUGGGCGUGCUAUCAGGAUUGAGAAAGUUGUAUACACUGGCAAAGAAGGGAAAAGUACACAAGGAUGCCCCAUAGCCAAAUGGGUGAUUCGUCGAUCGAGUGUUGAAGAAAAGCUACUGGUGCUUGUGCGGGAACGUACUGGCCACAGAUGUGAGACAGCUUGUAUCAUCGUUGUGAUUCUGGUGUGGGAAGGCAUCCCACACACUCUGGCUGACAGCCUCUACCUCCAGCUGAGCGAAACUCUGACAAAGCAUGGAGCCCUCACACAGAGACGCUGUGCUCUCAAUGAAGAGAGGACGUGUGCAUGUCAAGGCUUAGACCCUGAAGCCUGCGGAGCCUCAUUUUCCUUUGGCUGCUCAUGGAGCAUGUACUACAAUGGCUGCAAGUUUGCCCGGAGCAAGAUCCCAAGAAAAUUCAAGUUAUUGGGAGAUGACGUGAGAGAGGAAGAAAGAGUGGAACGCAACUUUCAAAACCUGGCAACCAUACUGGCUCCCUUAUAUAAAACAAUGGCACCCGAAGCUUAUGGAAACCAGGUAGAACAUGAACAUAGAGCACCGGACUGCCGUCUGGGCUUGAAGGAGGGUCGUCCCUUCUCUGGGGUCACUGCUUGCAUGGAUUUCUGUGCUCAUGCUCACCGCGAUCUUCACAACAUGCAAGGCGGCAGCACUGUGGUGUGUACAUUAACGAGGGAGGAUAACCGAGAGAUUGGAAAGAUACCAGAGGAUGAGCAGCUUCACGUCUUACCUCUUUACAAGGCUUCCAACACUGAUGAAUUUGGCAGCGAAGAGGGUCAGCAGGAGAAAAUGAAGUCAGGGGCCAUCCAAGUCCUCAGUGCCUUUCGUCGCCAGGUGCGCAUGCUUGCAGAGCCCGCCAAGUCUUGCCGGCAAAAGAAGCUGGACGCUAAGAAAGCCGCUGCCAACAAGAACGCCAUGCUUGAAAGUGCUAAUGAAAAGGCAGAAAAGACCCUCCUGGCCAAAUCCAAAGCUGGCACUUAUGAGAAUUUUGCUCAAAGCACUAUUGUGGCAGGACCUGCAGGUGCUAUGGGAGCAGCCCUGCAGUCAGGUCAGCCAUUGCACCUACUUGGCACCCAUCCUCAGCAACUACAUCAAUUACAGCACCUACAGCAACAACAGCACCUUGCGUCUUAUCCCAGCUCAACAAAUGCUGCUUUCACUAGGUUCCCUAACCAUCCCGGGUCUUUUCCAAGCACUUCCAAGCCAGGCAGUAUGUAUCCUCAUCAGCCGCCAACAGCACCAGCUAGCCCUUACCCUUCCCCGCUCCACGCACCAAACUCCUACAUGAACGGGUCAAAUCGUACAUACCCGAGCUAUCAGUGCAAUGGAGGCAUGCCCUUAGACAAUUAUCCUUCAUACUAUACUUCAAAUCCAAAGCACCUGGACAUGUAUCGACAACAGCGGCCCGCACUUUACCCAGAACAGCAGCAGUAUGGUGUUCAUCAACGUUAUGAGGUCAAUUAUCCACCAAGAUAUGGUGAGCAAAGUUUACAGGUUAAUGGUUACAAUGCCAAUAAUAUGAGACCAGUACAUCCCAUGAGACCCUAUGGUCAAUUUGGUCCAAAUAGAGCCUCAGAGCCCCAGUUUAUGGAUCCCCUCUCAAGAGCACCCUCAGCCCACGGAGGUCUAGAUUAUGCAGCUGCUGUGAGCAAAGGCAAUCAGUUUGGACAAUACCCAAGUCCAUACCUGUCUCACAGUCCUCAAAUCCUGGCCCCAGGUCAAGACCCGUUUCAUAUGCAAAUCAAAACAGAGAUGGGUGCACCCUGCCGACAGAUUCUUUCAGGAGGGAGUUUAAAUCCUGAAACACAACCAGGUUUAGGAUUGCCCAAUGGGGGCCUCGUGGCUCCCAGUAUUAAACAGGAGCCAGGAACACCGCAAACUCCCACCACCCCACAAAAGCCUGAGAUGUGGUCAGACAAUGAGCACAACUUCUUGGACCCUGAAAUUGGUGGCAUAGCAGUGGCACCAAGCCAUGGCUCUGUCCUCAUCGAGUGUGCUAAGCGGGAGCUCCAUGCCACGACACCCCUCAAAAAUCCAGAUCGCAACCACCCAACACGCAUCUCCUUGGUCUUCUACCAGCAUAAAAACCUGAACGAAGCCAAGCAUGGUUUGGCAUUAUGGGAAGCCAAAAUGGCAGAGAAGGCUCGAGAAAAAGAGGAAGAAGCAGAAAGGAAUGGUGGUGAGGGGACACCAAGCAAGAGCAGCAAAAAGGGAGUAAAGCGUGAGCAUCCGGAUCCAUCAGAAUCGAUGGGGGAGCCUCCCUACAAACGAUUUAUUAAGACACUUAUGGAAGGGUCCUUGUCAUUCACAACAAACACAUAUGUCAGUACAUCUCCGUACGCCUUUACCAAGGUCACUGGGCCUUACAGCAAGUUUGUGUAAAAACAUAUUACGAAGACCUUGAAGGUGCUGAGUCUGUUACGAGACAGACACCAUUACCCUCACAUCAACCUUGAGUUGAAUCGUCAACAGGAACCUGUGACCAGAUGAGAUGUGAAUCAUCUUUCACAUUAGGUCCGUCACCUUUUUAACAAUCAAGCUUUACUUGUAAAUCCUACACGGGAUGUACUGUAUUUUUUUUUUGUUAAGUGACUUUUGCAGAAUAGACAAACUCUGGUGCUUUCAGUCUGCAACAUUAGGAUCUAUUUUAGCUGGAAACAACAACCACAAGAAAAAAAAAACAACAACAACACAUUUUUGGUGGCUUUAUUUUUCCUAAACCUUUUGGAGAUGUUAUCUUAGCAUAUAACACUGACUUUGUAAAUGACAAACAUCCACGGUGCUGAAGUGUGUGCUACUUAACAGUUACUUUAAUUCAAAUGCCUUCACACCAUGACAACACCUUCUGAGAAUGACAUUCAAUUCAUUGUAUCAAAAGGACAUUGAAGAUAUUCUGACAUCAGCAUCACAUUGUUUUUUGGUAAGGCGGUGUUUCUUAAAGCACUUUUGAUAAUAACAAGUAAAAAUAUUUGGAAAGAAAAAUGUUUUCAUAAUUCUUUUAAAUCAUUGUGAACUUCUGCAUGAGCAGUAAUUACUUCGGAAUCAUCACUCAAUUGAUGUUUUAACAAGGUUGUGUGAGCAAUCCUUGCAACUGUCGUGUCCAUGCAAAAACUAUUUUUUCAAUAGGUCAUCAUGUCGGUGCUUCUUUUACUUUCCUAUGUCAUUUAUACUGUAAAUUGAGCCAUUCUGUUGGUGCAUUUUUAACAUUUUGACAAGAUCUACACAACCUAUGUUUGUGUUGUAUUUUUUAUUUUUCUCCAGGAUUACUUUGUUGUCAGCGACUGUUUUUAAUGUUUCUUCCUGCAGGUUCUUUGAACAAACCUGAAUUGUGAAUACUACAUGUAGUUUUGUUUGUGGUGCUUCGUAAACGUGCUUUUUAUACACUGAGGAACAUGAAACAGGGUAAGCUCAGUGUCUGUGACGGAGGGCAGCUGGCUUGCUGUGGGGUCUUUAAUUAUUGUAAUCUAACUGUAAGAUAAAUAUGUGAGAUUUGUAUAGUAAAUUAAUUUCCCUUUUUGAAAUUACUGUUUUAGAUUUUAAGUUGUAAAGAAUGCUAACAGGUGAUUUCAUUGUAUUUCUUUGGGUUUCAACUGAUUUUAUUUCAUAAGGUGCUAUUCAACCUAAUAGAAACAUACAAUGUGAGAAUCCUUAGGCAGUGAGAAGGCUUUUAAAUAGUGUACAGUACAAACCAGUCAUAUACCUCAAAAACUAGUUUGGCAAUAGGAUAAUGACUCUUUUUUUAUUAUUAUUAUCUGUAUAUUAAUUUCAAAAUGUUAAAGUUCAGGCCACCAAAACUCAUAAAAGUUCAUUUCUUACUUUCUUAUCAAUUCUCUAGAAAGUAUUACUUGAACUUGAAUCUUUGAUAAUACUGUAAAAUCAGGGACAACUAAUUUUAUGUACAUCUUCAUUGCCUGUAUUCAUCUUGUCUUUUUCACAUUCAGGGACUUGCCAUUGCAUCCUGAAUCCAGACACAAUUCUUGUUCUCGUACACUUCACAAAGAUAAAAAAGAAAAAAAUUAUUUUGUGUGAAGAUCAUUUCCUGCAAUUUUCUACUUAUAUUUUAACUAGUGGGAAGGUGGUCAUCUUUUAAAAAAGUAAUCUGAACAUAUAUGCACUGAGCUGACAAAAGGGAAUGAUAUUGACAAGGUAAAAGCAAUUUGCUUUUGUUUUGAGGAAAGAUCAGGGCAGUGAUCAACGUAGUUGCACAUCUUUGUGCCUGUGUAUAGUACAAUUUAUUUAUAACCACUAAGCAAUUGUAUAAUGUUUUCUUCCCUGUUUGAUUUAAUUAUUGUGAUAUACAUAUAUAUAUAAAUAUAUAAAUAUAUAAUUGAAUAACAGUCAUGUUAUAGUAACAGCUCACCCCACUUUUCUACAUAUUAAUUUUCUGAAAGCACUUCAUUUCUUUUUCAGAAAAAAAAAAUUGUAAUAAAGAAUUACAAAAUGUUUUAUUUAAACAGAUUGUAUAUGUGUUUAAAAAAAAUAAAAUAAAUUAUGUCACAUUGUACAUACCAAGAAUUUGUAUGGCAGGAGUAUAACUCAUUCUUUAAUGUCGACGUAGGUCCUUUUUGUUCUGUCACAUUGAACAACGGCUCCUCAUGUGUCAUAUCUUAAAAAAAAAAAAAAACCCUUUCAGCCUUUUCCA